AUGAUUUUGACAUUUGCAAUUAUUUUUUGUCUUUCUGUUGUUGGGAAUUCUAUUGUCGUUGUUGUUAUCUUACAACAACAAUCUAUGCGUUCUGUAACUAAUUUGUAUUUACUAAAUCUGGCCCUUAGUGAUUUAUUAUUAAGUGUUGUUUGUAUGCCCCCAACAUUAGUUAGUUCAUUAGUUUAUUGUUGGGUAUUUGGUGAUUUAUUGUGUAAACUUCUGGCAUACCUUCAACCUUCUGCUUAUACCCUCGCAGCAAUUGCUUUAGAGCGAUAUUAUGCAAUAUGUCGGCCUUUACAUUCAAGAAUAUGGCAUACUAGAACUCAUGCAAUGUUUGUGAUUAGUUUAGUUUGGCUAGUCUCAGUUAUAGCCAACGUUUUUAUGCUUUUUAUGUAUGAAGAACGAAGUUAUAAUUUUAAUGGACUUAAUUGUGCCCCAAAAUUUGAGCCUAUUGUACAUUUUGGGUAUCAAAUUUACAUGACUAUAGCCCUUUUAAUUGUUCCACUUGUUGCUAUGACUGUUUUAUAUGGAAAUGUAAUAUAUACACUUAGUUCGGGUAUAAGGAUGGAUAUUGCUGCUAUUUCGGGUACAGAAAGUAGUAGUAAUGCAACUCCUUUAAUGAAUUCUAAUGAUUCGUGUUUAGAAAAACGAAAAAAUUUUCGUAAUGGUGUAACUAAUAAUUUUACAAUAAAUCGGGAAAAUGUAAAAAGAGGAAGGCUAGUUAAUUUAUUUAAUUAA